AUUUCGCUUAAAAAAUAUUUCCCGCCGCGUCACGUCAUUUGAAAUUGUUUUGAUUAACCUCAACUGAAGAUAGUUAACAUGUAUUUUAUAAUUUAAAUUUGAGGAGACAGUUGAUAACAUAAGCAGACAAAAUCAUGAGAAGGAGUUUAGCACCUAGUCAAAAGGUUAGAAGAGAUGAUUCUCCAGCUUCUCCAUUGCAGACCUCUGUGGAGUCCAGAGUGCUUAAUGGAUUUAUUUUACCAAUUACUAUAGCUCCUAAGCGUGCAAGAGGUCGUUCCAGUGAUGAUAGGGAAACCAAGAGAAAACCUCUGACUCAAUGUAAAAGCCAACUACUUUUUGUUUCUGACCAUGAAGAGCUUAUUAAAAAACUAUCGAGACCAUUCAAAUGUCCAAUUCCCAAUUAUGAGGGCUGUAAUUCAACUAAGAAUUUGGGUAUCAGGAAGACAAAAGUUAAGAGAGCCUUAUAUGAUCCUAAUAUGCCCAAUGCUUUGGUUCUGUAUACUCCACCAGAGAUGACUGAACAUGAAAAACUGAAGAAUGAAGGACCAUUGCUAGUGCAUGUAGUUGUAGAUCCACUGCUGGGAAACAUACUGAGACCACAUCAAAGAGAAGGUGUAAAAUUCAUGUAUGAUUGCGUAACGGGAGUACAAAUUCCUGGCUCUUAUGGCUGUAUAAUGGCAGAUGAAAUGGGAUUAGGUAAAACAUUGCAAUGUAUAACAUUGUUGUGGACACUGGUUAGACAAGGUCCUGAAGGAAAAUCUACAAUAGAAAAAGCCAUCAUUGUAUGUCCUAGUUCUUUGGUGAAGAAUUGGAAUAAUGAACUCAAUAAGUGGCUGAAAGGUAGACUGCAAGCAAUGAUAAUGGAUGGCGGAGCAGACGGAAAAAAGAAACUGCAGCAAUUCAUGCGAGGACAAGGUCGUACUGCUAUUCCAGUCCUUAUUAUCUCGUAUGAAACAUUCAGGAUGCACGCUGACAUACUCCAUACCAGCGAGAUUGGUCUCGUUUUGUGUGAUGAAGGGCAUCGAUUGAAAAAUUGUGAGAAUCAGACAUAUAGAGCGCUGAUGGGACUUAAAGCAAAGAGAAGGGUAUUGUUGAGUGGAACUCCUAUUCAAAAUGAUCUCUUAGAGUAUUUCAGUCUUAUACAUUUCGUUAACGAAGGUCUGCUGGGCAGUGCUUCCGAAUUCAAGAAAAAGUUCGAGAACUACAUUCUGAGAGGUCAAGACUCCACCGCGACUGAUUUGGAACGUCAACACGCCUCAGAACGUUUAAAAGAGUUGACCGAUAUUGUAAAUAAGUGUCUUAUACGCCGUACCUCGUCACUUCUCACUAAAUACCUACCUGUGAAAUUUGAGAUGAUUAUCGUAUGCCAAUUGACACCUAUUCAACGUCAGAUCUACCUCAACUAUAUCAAUUCUGAAUCUAUCAAGAGAACGGUAUGCAUUCAUUCCAGAAACUAUAGUGCUUUCUUUAAGUAUGAAUUAAUAAGUAUGGUGUAUAAGGUAGUCAUUCUUAGGUGCGUGACAGUGAAGAUUCAACGGGAACCAGCUUUAGCUCACUAUCAAGCAUCACAAACCUAAAGAAACUUUGCAACCAUCCAGAUCUCAUAUUGGACAAAAUUCGUGAAGGUUCGGAAGGUUUUGAAAAAUCUAGAAGUCUCUUGCCUCCAUCUGGCGGAGAUAAGGACGUAAGACCUGAAUUAAGUGGCAAGUUGAUGCUACUCGAUUGCUUUUUGGCCAAUCUGAAGGCGAAUUAUAAUGAUAAAAUUGUACUAGUUUCGAAUUAUACGCAGACAUUGGAUUUGUUUGAAAGGUUGUGCAGAAAAAGAGGUUACAUGUACGUCCGUUUGGAUGGUACAAUGACAAUAAAAAAACGUGCCAAAGUAGUAGAGAACUUCAAUAAUCCAGAAUCCAAUGAGUUCAUUUUUAUGUUAAGUUCAAAAGCGGGUGGUUGCGGAUUGAACUUGAUUGGUGCUAAUAGGCUGAUCAUGUUUGAUCCUGAUUGGAAUCCUGCUAAUGAUGAUCAGGCUAUGGCUAGGGUGUGGAGAGAUGGGCAGCAGAAGCCGUGUUAUAUAUACAGAUUUCUGGCGGCCGGCACUAUUGAAGAAAAAAUCUUCCAACGGCAAGCCCACAAAAAGGCGUUGAGUUCUACGGUGGUUGACAUGAACGAAGAGACAGCUCGUCAUUUCAGCGUGGCUGAAUUGAGAGAUUUGUUCCGAUUAGAAGAAACAGAGUCAGACACGCAUCGUAGAUUAAAGUGUAAAAGGUGUUUGAAUAAGAUCCAGAUCAAAGCACCACCAGAAGAGGCAGAUUGCACAGAUGAUUUGUCACAAUGGCACCAUUGUUGGGAUAAGAAAGGUUUAGCUGAUAUGGUUUUGAAGCAAAUAUGGGAUAUGUCAAAAUACAUAUCUUUCGUGUUCCAUCAAAGAUCUGCUAAGCAGGAAUCUAAGCCUCAAAAGUGUUUUGAGGAGGAGGAGGCAGAAGUGCCAGAGAAACAAGAAGACUCUGAUUAUGAAGACAAAGAUGAUGAUUCGGAUUAUUCCGGUUGAAUUGAAGCUUUAAAUUGUGAUUGUUGUUUUUCAAUAAAUUAUCUUGUGUUGAUUUUGUUAGUUUAAUAAUACAGAAUCUUAACUUGUUGGUAAUAUAAUGAUUUUAAACCUGA